CUUAUCGCGACUGCGUCCAAUUCAUGGAAUUCUUUUACUUUCACUUUCUGUCUGCACUCGACGCUGACUCCUGGACGACCAGAGUGCAGACAAACUGCUCUGUACAUAUUGAAAAAGAAAAAAAAAACAUGAGAAAAUGGCAGUUUUCGCUACUGAUGGUUUCGUUGACGGUGAACCUGUGUGAAAGCGACCAACGAAUCCCCUGUGAGGUCAACCUCGAGGAAGGAGUUCGGUACAGGAAGGUCAGCUGGUACAAGGUGGAGGAUGAUUCUGAACAGCCUACUGGACUAGUCAUAAAAAACCUGCAGAAGAAUAAAACUGUCCCGUACAGGGAUGUGAGUCCACCGUACACGAUUGAUGAUGACUUGUCCCUGGUCAUCCCAGAGACUCAAAAAGUUUGCACCACCUACAUCUGCUGUGUAUGGCCCCCUCUGGGCCACCGUAUCCAGGAGUGGAAGCAGAACUACCCCACAGGCUGCCAGCGGCCCGUGGAGUGGCAGUCUCAGCAGGUGGCUGAUGAGGAGGAGGCCCAAAGAGUGUUGGCUCGCGAAGGCUACGCUGCGAAGCUGUUUAACUCAGGCUCAAUUGAUAAACAGUUUCAUUGGCUAGUCGGAGGCCUCACAUGUGCGAGUGUCUUCAUCAUAGCUGUGGUAGGGGUGGUAUAUCAGAGGCACACCAGACGCCUGUCAAAUAAUCAGAACAGAAGCAAAGCAGAACCUUUACUGUAAAUAGUAAUGCGUAAUGACUUUUUAUCUUCAUAAUCAGGGCUGCAAUGGAGGCUAAACAUGUAUAUGUCUGAAAGUAUUUGUGCACCUCUAGAUAUCGUAAACACAUCUCCUAAUAGAGAUUACACAUCAAUUACAACUUUAACAUUUUGUACAGUCUCCUAUUGUUACCAGUGCAGCACGAGCCAGAAUCACGCAGCAUUAUCCAUAUCUACAGUGUGUCACAGCGACCACUCUCGCAGCAGUGGACUAUAUUGAGCUAGCAGCUGUCUGAGCAUGAUUAGCGUUAUGUGUUUGGAUUCCUGUCAUUGAUCAAUUUAAUUGAUUGUUGAAAGCUCCAUACAGUACAACUGCUUUCGCCUCCAUUACAUGUUGAAAUGCACUAUAAUGCCAAACGCACUACUGUAUAAUGUCAAAUGUGAAAAUAAAGGUCAUCUUACUGUCUCA